AUGUCCACCAUCGAUAUCAAGCCCGCCGGAUGGAAGUUGGUCGAGGUCGGCCGAGUGGUCACCCUCCGAUCAGGGCCUUACGAGGGCAAGCUGGCUACCGUGGUUGAGAUAAUAGAUCCUGGCAGAAUCUUGGUCGACGGUCCCUCAACGAAAGAAGAUGCGGUUGUUCCCCGACAGGCUAUCGCUACAAGCACCGUCUCCCUCACCCCUUGGGUCAUUCCCGGUCUACCAAAGGCGGCAGGCACUGGCGCAGUGAAGAAGAAGUGGGAGAGCUUCGAGGUUGACAAGAAGUGGUCAGAGUCGUCAUGGGCAAAGAAGAGAGAACAACAGGACAGGAGGAGGAAUCUGACUGACUUCGAGCGAUUCAAGGUGAUGAGGUUGAAGAAGCAGGCACGAUUUGAAGUUCUGAAGGCACAGGCAAAGGUUCGGGCAGCAGCGAAGGCAUAA